GGGAGGAUCGGAGCUGCGCUUCUCUGCGCCAGACCUCUACCUUUUCUGGAAGCAGAGUUAGCCACAGUUGCUAUGGAGAAGAUCAGAGAGCAAUUUUCCAGUCUCCAAAUAGCAAGACGGUACAUGCUAACGGAAGACCCAACUUACUUAUUGGACAUAGACGUUUCAAGAGGAGGAGGAGGAAGCCAUUUAGUGGCUGUCUCCCAGUCCAACAAAUCAAUUGGUGUUUACGACAGAGAGACGUUGAAUUUGCUACGGGAGUACAGUAGCCAUCCCGGAUUGCUCAGCGGUGUCAGGUUUGCGCACGAGCAAGAAGGCAUGCUGUUUUCAGCCUGCAGUGACGGAACGGUGAAAUGUUGGGAUACACGUUUAGCUUCGUCAGAGGCAGCCCAGCUGUUUUGUGGCUAUCCUUCCAACGUCUUCAUUAGUUUCGAUGUCAACUGCAACGAUCUCAUUGUUUGUGCUGGGACAGAGAAGGUGGAAGAAGAUGUGUUCAUGGCCUUCUGGGAUGCCCGAAGUGGCACAAACAGUGUGCCUUCCAGCAAAAGCCCUCUGGGCGUGUAUUCAGAAUCUCACAACGACGAUAUCACGAAAAUCUCUUUUCAUCCCAGCAAACCGAACUUGGUAGUUUCGGGGUCAACUGAUGGGCUGGUGAACGUCUUUGACAUUGACCAGGACAGCGAAGAUGAUGCUUUGAUGUCGACUUGUAAUUCAGGCUCGUCAGUCAGUUUUGUUGGAUGGUCUGGAAAAGGUUUUCUGCAGGUCUACUGCAUGACACACGAUGAAGGAUUUUCUUGGUGGGAUCUUGCCCAGCUGGAUACCGAGGAGCCAAUCACACUGUUGCAAAUCCCAGACGCUAGAGAAGUGGUCAGUCUAGGAGAGGCUAAGCUGAGCUACUUGAUUGGUGGCCUCUAUCAUGAGAAGUCGGACCACCUUUUCAUUGUUGGAGGGGAAUCAACAGGAAGCCUCCAUCUCCUGGGCUGUGGUAUUGAUGGUCUGAGUCCAGUGGCAACCCUUCAAAGAGGACACUCGGCAACAGUCCGCUCUUUUUACUGGGACAUGGCAGAUGAGUCUCUGUUGACAGGGGGAGAGGAUGCUCAGCUGUUGCUAUGGAAACUUGGAGCAGUGGAGAAGAAGGCCUUUGGAAAGAAGGCCUCAAUGAAAACGGCUUCCUCUGUUCGCCGGCGAGUGAAAGUUCGCCAAAUCCCUUUCAACAGCAAGAAGAAACGAACGUUUUGAAGCUGUGGAGAAGUCCACUUGUGAUUCAUUUUAAGUGUUAAGACUUUAAAGACGUGCUGAGUUAUUCGCUGAUGUGGUUGCCAAAUGUAACUUUUGUACACACACCCCACAGAUCCUGAGCACGUUUACUCAGAAACAUCCCAUUGGCGGCAGUGGAGCCUUAUCUUCCUUCCUUUAUCAUGUACUUACGAUUGGAGCCUCAAGAAGAGAAAAUAUGCCAAAGAAAUUUUUCUAAAGAACUGUUUUUCUGCCGACAUGUUACCUUUCCCUCCAUAUUUCUUAUGGCAUGUUAUCUUUCCAUCCAUGUUUCCGCAGGCUCAAAAUUUUAUUUUGCCACUUAAGUUUUU